CAGAAAAGUACUUCAGACGCAAAAGCUGAAGACUGUGCCCCAAACGAAGGACCGGCCGGUUGGAGGCGAAAAGGCGAGAGGAACUAUCUCUCUCUCUCUCUUUCUGGUGAGAAGGUCUAUCGUCGGGAUGGAAUGAGAAGCCACGAGGAGGAGGAAGAAGAACCUUGAGAAGUUUGAGGAAUAAAAAAUGACCAGCUGGAUCGCGACGGCGGGCAGAUGGAGAUUCGGAGGGUCGCUUCUUGGGGACGAUGAAGCGAGGGAAGAUGAUCCUUUGGGCUUCAUGGGAGAUGGCGAUGGUCUUUGCUCUCUAUCCCCAUUGCAGAGAUUGUACGUUUUUGCUGCUUGUUUGGUUGCUGGCUUGGCGUGCAUGUUCUUGUCAAUGAUUGUAUUCUUCAAACCCAUCAAGUUCGCUUUGCUGUUCACCUUUGGUAACCUGCUCGCUAUUGCAAGUACAGCCUUCCUUAUUGGGCUUUCGAAGCAAUUAAGGAUGAUGUUUGAUCCUGUUCGAUUAUAUGCAACGGUGGUAUACAUAAUUUGUGUAAUUCUGGCACUUGUAUGUGCACUGUGGUUCCAAAGCAAGAUCCUGACAUUACUGGCCAUCAUUUGUGAGAUUUGUGCUCUAAUUUGGUAAAUCGUACAGUUUAAGCUACAUUCCAUUUGCUCGAAGGAUGGUUUCCCAAUUGUUUAUUUCAUGCUGUGACACAGAGAUAUAGGCUGCCCUUGUCCUUGAUGGCAACAAAAACUUACUCCCUGUGAACCCCUAGUUGGGGCCUUCUCCAGUGUUGCUCGUGAGUUCAUUCUUUGUUGUCUGACAAUCAAGCUCUGUGUCUGCACCUGGUUGGUUGGUGCACCAUGUUUUACAAUCUAACUGUCCCAUAACUGGUUCCUGUUGUAUCUGAUGCCAAGUUGUUAAAAUUGAAAGCCACACACAGGUCCUUGAGGACCUUAAACUGAUUAGUUGGUUUGAGUCAUUCCAAGUCGAUCGACUAAAAAAAAUACUUGUGACUGGAUUUCUCCCCUUAUUUUCUCUCUUACCUUUUUUUUUUC